UCCCGUUGGACAUCUGGGUUUCCAGAAUUCCAAAUGUCACAAAAGGAGGAGACUAAGCUGAUGGAGAUGGAGAUGGAGAUGGGCGUGGAGAGGUGGACACGUAGAAAGGCGCAACAAAUAUAGAACAAGAGAGAGGAAGUGAUAAACGAAGCCCUUCUCAAUUCCCAUCUAUCUACUCGUAAUUGGAAAUUUCCAACGGCGGCAACUCAUAGUAAUUUUUAAUGACGUCAGCAAUCGCCUUUCCAAAUGAACACCUGAAAAGUGAAAAGUGAAAAGUAAAUCAGAUACUGUAGAACCCCAAGGUAAGGCGGCUAUCUACAUAACUUGAAAGUUGAAACGGCAGGGGGGCAGCUGCAGAAAAUAUUAAUAUUAAUUUAAAUUAAAAAAUAAAAAAAACAAAUCCCCAAAUAGUUUGAAUACUUGAUCAAUACGAGUACUCCUCCGCAAUCACACAGAACCAAAGUUAAGCAUCCUCAAAAGAUUCUCCAGCUCUUUCUCUCAGAUCAUAAGUAAGCAUAUAUAAGGAAUAAGCUAGCAUAUAUAAUCAAUCACUCAAUCAAUCUAAAUGGAUGGUGUUGAUAAUGGCAAUAUUGGCAAUAAUACAUCAAUAUCGAAGGAGGCAGAGAGGUCAAUAGCCGCAUCGUCAAUGUUUCCAGGGUUUAGAUUUAGUCCAACAGACGAAGAAUUAAUAUUGUAUUAUCUCAAGAAGAAGUUGGAUGGCUUUGACAAAUGUGUUGAAGUCAUCCCUGAAGUUGACAUCUGCAAGUUCGAGCCCUGGGACCUGCCUUCCAAGGCUAUCAUCAACUCAGAUCAGGAGUGGUUUUUCUUCUCCCCUCGUGGUAAAAAGUAUCCAAAUGGUUCACAAAGUAAGAGGGCAACUCAGAUUGGUUAUUGGAAAGCUACUGGCAAGGAGCGUGCUGUUAAAUCUGGUUCGAAUGUCAUCGGUACAAAGCGGACUUUGGUAUUCCACAUUGGCCGGGCACCUAAAGGCGAGAGAACUGAGUGGAUAAUGCACGAGUAUUGUAUGUCUGGAAAGGCUCAGGACGCGCUGGUAGUGUGCCGCCUUAGGAGGAAAUCUGACUAUCAAGCCAUGAAUGGUGGUCCAAAUGGAGAGAUUCAAUCACCAGAUCCGUCAUCGUUGAUGGCUAGUAGCGGGACCUACUCAGGCUGUGGUAUUAUGGAGCUCAUCAAUACAUCGGCCAGGGACAAGUUAGUUGCUGAAUGUUCUUUUAAGAAGUCCAGCAGCAGUCAUGACUCUCAUUCGGUAGAGCAGAUGGAUUCUGCAUCUCAGUCGGAUUGGAAGGCCAAAGAUGAAAUUAUCCAACCAGAGUCUACAAGUAAUAACCAUGUUGGCAAUGAAGAUGACUUAUUUGCUGAGAUAUUGAAUGAUAGUAUCAUUCAAUUGGAUGAAUGUCUACCCCCUGCAACAAUUGGUGUUCAAUCUAUAGUAACCAAUAACACGACCGUGCCCAUUGUGCCACACUUACACAACAAUCCUCCACAUCAGUCCAACGUUCAACGAGUACACCCCUCUCAAGGAACGGCGAAUAGAAGAAUAAGACUACGAAAACUAAGAAGAUUCAGCCCCUGUAAGGACGAGUUGGAGGAAAGCUUAGGUGAAAAUACGGUGAGCUCCAAACCAAAACAGUUAACCAAGGGUCGAGGAUGGGCGAGGGUACUAAAUAAUUAUGCUCGUCUAUAUGUAGUAGUCAUUACCAUGGCUUUGGUGAUUCUGGCCUAUACCACUGCUCCUGCAUACUAUUAGUAAUAACAUAAGGUGUAGUUGAAAUUCUUAGUUAAGUGCAAUUUGUUAUUCUCAGUUUGUAUGUAGUAAGGGACCAGUGCAGGCUGGCAGGGAUAAUCUGGGAUCGGAUCUUAUUGUAUAAAUUAUGGUCGAUUUGGGCCAGGCUAAAAGCUUGUUUGGUUCACAUAAAAGCAAAAUAACGGAGAGUGGCCCAGAUUUUUGGCUGCAUACAUAUGCA